AUCACCUCACUCUGUUGAAGUUUAUAAUCAGUGGCUGGAGUCCGGGUUUUCGACGCAGUGGUGUUAUGAGAACUUCAUCCAGCAUCGGUCGAUGCGGCGGGCGAGGGACGUCCGUGAGCAGCUAGAGAACCUCAUGCAGCGGGUCGAGAUCGAGAUCACGUCGACGCCCGACGACACCGUCAACAUCAGAAAGGCGAUCACGGCUGGAUUCUUCUACCACACAGCGAGGAUGGGUAGAGGCGGACAGUACAAGACGGUGAAGCAUCACCAGACGGUGAUGGUACACCCUAACAGUAGUUUGUUUGAGGAGCAUCCACGUUGGCUCAUCUAUCAUGAACUUGUCUUCACCACUAAGGAGUUCAUGCGACAGGUGGUGGAGAUAGAGAAUCAAUGGCUUCUAGAGGCUGCACCACAUUACUACAAGGCCAAGGAUCUCGAAGAUCCGUCCGGAAAGAAGAUGCCGAAAAACACAGGAAAAGCUCGUGAUGAUGUCACGAGAACUUACACAUGACGUGAUGAUGUCACGAGAACUUACACAUGACGUGAUGAUGUCACGAGAACUUACACAUGACGUGAUGAUGUCACGAGAACUUACACAUGACGUGAUGAUGUCACGAGAACUUACACAUGAUAUCACACAACCAUGUCAUUCCCUCUGUACAUAUGUGACCUUGGCAGAGAUGAUUGGUAAAUCUAGAGUUGUAGUAUGCCAUACUACGUGUAUGUUACAGGUACCACCAUGAACCAUGUAUGUAAACACAUUAUUUGUAUACAAAGUAUCUGUAGAUAAGGCCGACCAAAAAAUUUCCUUUGGUUCGGGUCACCCGCCCGACUUCACAUUUCGGAGUGAAAAAAUGUGCGACUGCGGUAACUUUUAAAAAAUUAAUUUUUUUUUUUUAAUUUGCAUCUCUUUUUUUAAACCUGCAUUUCAAGCUGCCUUCAAUGUCUUCAAGCUGCAGUUCAAGCUGUAUAUUUAACUUGUGAAAAAAAAGAAAAAAAGUUAUAUCUACCUACCUACCCUAAUUUUCACAAUCCAUGUGACCCGAACCAAAGGUAUUUUUUAGUUUGGCCUAAGACACUAAUGCAUUGUUAAUUCAGCGUUUAGUGAGCAUUAGUCCACCUGACCUAUUUUAGAUAAGAGACUUAUCUGCCUUGGAGACUAUCAAUACAUUUGUAUAGUAUAUUAUAUUCAUUGUAGUAUCUAUGUAUAUAUGUGCAGGAAAAAAAGAGAACUCUCAUGUAAAAUUGCCAUGUUUUUGUGUAAUUAUUCACUUCUUACCAACUGUUAGCUCUGGUAUGGGUAUAAUUAGUUGGUAGAGGGAUAAAUAUUGAACAACAAGAUCACUGCACUUGUGAUGAUGAGAAUAAAAAAAGGUGCUGUGAACAAGAGAAGAGUCAGUGAAGUGCUACUGUUAACUACGUGGUAAAGCUUCAUAGCAGUGUGGAUUAUUAUGGCAUCUUGACGUAUCACUGAAUAAGUGAACAUUACAAAAGGAUGUUGUAGCUAUAUAUCAACCGCACAGCUCUGCACUAUAGUUCACAACAGUUUAGAAAACGACUUUUACACAGAUCUUAUUUAAUUAGAACUGUGAACUAUGAACUAAAUGACUAUAUGAAUAUGACUAUGAAAGUUCCAUUAAAAAAAAAAGAAGAUUUUAAGAUUAAUUUAAUGAAACCAUUCUACCUCUGCAAUAACUUUGCAGAUUGCUAAACCAUUGCAAAUUUAGUAAUGGCUGUGAUGAUGGCUAUCACAGAACAUCACAACAACACAUAUACUCACCAACUCACACAUUCUCUUGUAAACUGUUAAUUGUAUUUACCGGUUUCAAAAUAAAAAAA